GGUUCUGCAAGUGUGCGGCUCGUUUCAGCGAAAUACGAUCCUGUCAGGAGACCAGCAGAUCGGACAUAAAUUUUAGAGAUAAAAGAAACGAGGUUUAAUAUAAAGGUAUUCUUACGAGAUUUAAGCACUGCCGCUUUAAAUCACGAGACGACUGUUUAUUUUGACGUCACGUGGGACCCGGAAGUGCAAGAUGCAAACAGCUACGCAUCGUAUGAGAGAUUAACACUGAUUUCGAGCUUAUGUGUCACUUGAAAAACAGAUGAGCUCGCGCGGGGGUUUGACAGAAGCGCAGCCGGCGGAAGUGAGUUUGGGUCAGAAGCAGGCUGCUGGUUAACGCGCGGCAUGUCGCACUCGCAUUUAUAAAGCAAGAGCGAUAUCAGAUCGGAUCCACGAUGGCUGAUAAGGGAAGCAGGAAGUUCUCUCCGCGAUACAGGAGACAGAAGGAAGCAGACGAAGCUGAGAGCUGGAGGAGCCCUUUGGGACGGGACAGUGAGCGCAGCUACAGUCCUAAAACGAAGCGGGCUCAUGGUCGACCCUCUGAAAGUGAGGGGAGCAGAAGAGCCAAAGCCUCGCUGGCGUACAGCUCUCCUGAGGGACGAGCGUUCGGACAGAGCCCUUCUCACAGGGACCGACUCCAGAGGGGUUCACCCGCUGACCGCAGGAACUGGAGAGAGCGACAGCGAGACGGACAGAAACACGACAAGCUCGGCAGCGUGCAGAGCUGGAGGGAGAAGAGCAGGAUCGUCCGGAUUGAGAGCUGUCUCACUAAAAAGGACGUGUUACAGCUGUGCUCGGAAGCAGAAGGCACUGACUGGGAUCUUAAAGAGUCAAGCGUCAGCCUGAAGUUCAGAUGUGAUCGGUGUAAGGUGUACUGUGAUGACGUGUCACCAGCGCUCGGUCACAUCCGAGAAAGGACCCACAGGAAGAAAGCCAAGGAGCUGCAGAAGCUGACGCUGCUGUUGAACAUCCCUCCUCCGGGAAGAGCCCAGUGUCUUUCGCUCAGCUCAGCACUGGAAGGUGUGGUCGCUGAGGUCGGAUUAAACGCUCAGGAUUUGAAACAACGGCAAAGCAUCCUCGCUCUGGUCGAGGAAGUCCUUCGUCCUGUCCUUCCAGAUUGCCAGUUCAGGUUAUACGGAUCUUCCUGCACACAGUUUGGCUUCAAAGACUCUGAUGUAAACAUUGAUGUGAAGUUUCCAUCCCAUUUCCAGCAUCCUGAUGUUCUGCUUGUGGCUCAAGAGCAUCUCUCUAAAAGUGCUCUGUUUGUCAGUGUGGAGGGAGACUUCCAUCGGAGGAUGCCUGUAGUCGUGUGCAAAGAGAAAUCAAGCGGUCUGAUCUGCAAAGUCAGCGCAGGCAAUGAAAGUGCAUGCUUGACAACAGCAUAUUUAUCUGAGCUGGCGAAUCUGGAGCCACAACUCGUCCCGCUGGUCGUAUGCUUUAGAUACUGGGCUAAGAUCUGUUGUGUGGACCAGAUGGACGAAGGUGGACUUCCAUCCUACUGCUUUGCCCUCAUGGUCAUCAGCUUCCUGCAGCGAUGCAAAGAACCCGUCUUACCGUCAUACCUCGAAUCUGUGGGUUUGCCCCUGAGUAAACUGAAGAGUUUCUCCUUAACUGGGGUUGAAAAAGGACAUGUGCUUUGGGUAUAUGAUCAGACCUCAAGCGACUCGUCCCAAGAUAAAGUCAAGAAGGGGAAGUGUCCACUGGUUUUCAAAGUCCGCAGUCCUUCUGUGCUGCUAGGGAAGCUGUGGAUCGAGCUAUUACGGUAUUAUUCACUGGAAUUUCAAAUACCUGAGAAAGUCAUUAGCGUGCGCACAAACGGUGACCUGUGGCGUGAUCUGAAAGACUGGCCCAAAAAGAGGAUUGCAAUAGAAGAUCCGUUCGCCGUCCAGAGGAACGUGGCUCGGAUGUUGAAUAGUCAGAUGAUGUUUGAGUAUUUGGUGCAUUGCCUCAAAACAACUUACAAGUACUUCGCUUCUCCUUCAAAAAGCACAGCAGGGAAGCUCAGUUCAAGCAGUCAGUCUGGCAGAUCUGUGAGAGCUGCGAAUCAUGUCGAUUCGGUGAAGAGAAGCCCGAAAGUGGAUUUGAAGCGGUCUCGUGUGAGGUCCAGUCCGCAGAGCGCUGAAGAGCUGGAAGACUCUGACUGCGUCAUUGAGCUGGAGCCGGACGAGGAGGAGGACGCCGAGUCUGACCUGGAGACCGAGGGUGAAGAUGAGGAAGAUGAAGACAUAGAGCUGGACAGAUCUGGAUGUGAUCAUUCUGGCGAUGAGAUCUUCCCGUUCGAGCGGGAGAUGAUGAUGAUGGGGGGUCUUUGUAAGACGGGGCAUUUGAAACAGGACUGUCCCGAGGACUUCAAAAGAGUGGAGCUGGAACCCCUUCCACUUAUGACCCUAGACUUCCUCCAGAUCCUCAAUGAAGUCUGUGAGCAAUGCUACUGUGACUUUGCACAUGAUGUGGAGGUGAAAGUCAGAGAACAUAUUUUGCAAGAUUUCGAGACUUUCCUGAGAUGUCAAGUGCCAGGAGCCAAAUUGGUUUUGUUUGGCUCAUCCAAGAAUGGGUUUGGCUUUAAACAGAGUGACUUGGACAUCUGUAUGACUCUAGAAGGCCAGGACACAGCGGAGGGUUUGGACUCCAUGGCUGUUAUCGAGAGUUUGGCUAAAGCGCUGCGGAAACACCACAGCCUGAGAAACAUCCUACCUAUUACUACUGCAAAAGUCCCAAUUGUGAAGUUUAACCACACCAAAACUGGACUAGAGGGAGAUAUAAGCUUGUACAAUACACUGGUUUUGCACAACACGCAGUUACUGGCAUCAUACGCUGCGAUCGACGCUCGGGUGUUGAAGAUCCUCUGCUACGUCAUGAAAGUGUUCGCUAAAGUCUGUGAUAUUGGCGAUGCGUCCCGUGGGAGUCUGUCUUCAUAUGCCUACACCCUAAUGGUGCUGUACUUCCUUCAACAAAGAAGCCCGCCUGUUAUUCCAGUUCUCCAAGAGAUUUAUGUUGGGGAGAAGAAGCCUGUAGUUCUUGUCGAUGGCUGGGAUGUACAUUUCUUUAGUGAUCUGAAGAACUUGCAUAAAUACUGGCCGGGGUACAAGAAGAAUAAGGAGUCGGUGGGCCAGCUGUGGUUUGGGCUGCUGCAGUUUUACACCGAGACAUUUGACUUCAAGGAGACUGUCGUCUGCAUCCGCAGGAAAGAGCCUCUCACCACCUUCAAGAAGCAGUGGACCUCCAAACACCUCGCCAUCGAGGAUCCCUUUGAUUUGAGUCACAAUCUUGGAGCUGGUCUCUCACGGAGAAUGGCGAGCUUCAUCAUGAAGGCCUUCAUCAACGCCCGCAGAGUUUUCGGCUCCCCCGUCAGAGAUUUCCCUCCAGAGUAUCCCAACAAAAUGGAGUAUUUUUUUUGACCCAGAGGUGCUGACAGAGGGCAAGCUAGCACCCAAUGACCGCUGCUGCCGGAUUUGUGGGAAGAUUGGGCAUUUUUUGAAAGACUGUCCGAUGCGGAAGAGACAGAGACGUGACACUGAUGGACGUGA